GGGCGUUUUUUUUUAUGGCUGCACCCAAACCUGAGAGUCAUGAAAAAACACGUCAUGUUUUCCUGCGGGAGUUCUUCAAGUAUAUGACAGCAGAUCCCUAAAGAGUCCCUCUCCUCUCACCCCCACCUCAGCGGGAGUCUCCGGGCGAUGGCAGCCGCCGCUCCCCAAGCUCCAGGCGGCCCGGCGCAGGGCGCUGGGCUCGCGGAGAACCAGCCGGUCCACGGCAGCUCGGAGACGCUCACUCCCUCCGCCCUCAACCGCCUGAUGAUGGAGUUUCUGAUUUACUUUGGCCGAGCCAUUCUGGUGUUCUACCCCGUGUACCUGACGGGAUACCUGGGCCUGAGCAUCAGCUGGGUGCUGCUGUGCAUGGUGAUGAUCACCUGGUGGAAGAAGAACCGCCAGAGGAAGGACGCGCGGAUCGACUCGGCCAUCGAGUUCGUGGAUAACGAGACGCACGUGAUCAACUCUGAGCUGAAAAAUGCCUUGCAGAUGGCUUCAUGGGUGCAAUUCACAGAAGUCGAGAAAGUUCACUGGUUGAACAAGGUGUUGGAGCAGGCAUGGCCUUUCUUUGGGAUGUACAUGGAGAAAGUGCUGAAGGAAAAGAUCCAGCCGACAGUCAGACUCUCCAGCUCUGCGCUCAGAAUGUUCACUUUCACCAAAAUUCACUUUGGUUACAAGCCUUUCAGGAUCACGGGGAUGAGAGCGUACACCCAUGAAGUGGACCAGCGGCAGGUGAUCCUGGACCUGAACAUCCAGUAUGAUGGUGACGUGGACAUCUAUGCAAACGUGAGCACUGCAAUCACAGCUGGUGUGAAAGAUCUAAAGUUCCAGGGGAUGCUGAGGGUCAUUUUAGAGCCACUUAUUGGUCAGGCACCACUGGUUGGUGGCAUCACUCUGUUUUUCAUCCGCCGCCCUACCCUUCAGAUCAACUGGACUGGUUUGACGAAUCUGUUGGACAGCCCUGGGUUCAGUUCUCUCUCUGGGGACACGGUCAUUGACAUCAUAGCCUCUUUGAUGGUGUUGCCGAACCGCUUGUGCAUCCCCCUCAUAGACCAGCUCAAAGUGGACCAGAUGAGGUUUCCGCUUCCUCGCGGGGUGGUGAGGGUCCACGUGUUGGAGGCCAGAGACCUGGUGGCCAAAGAUACCUACAUGAUGGGUUUGGUGAAAGGCAAGUCGGACCCGUACGUGAAACUCCGAGUGGGCAACCGCAAUUUCAAAACCAAGACCAUCAAGGAAAACCUGCACCCAAAAUGGAAUGAAGUUUAUGAGUUUGUGGUCAACGAGGCUCCGGGUCAGGAGCUGGAGAUGGAGCUGUUUGACGAGGACACGGAUAAAGACGACUUUCUGGGACAAUAUAACCUGGACUUAGGAGAAGUGAAGCGGGAAAAAGAAAUAGACACGUGGUAUCCUCUGGAGGGGGUUCCUCAUGGAGAACUGCAUCUGAAGCUUCAGUGGCUCGGUCUGAAGGCCGACUCCAGCCUGCUGAAGGAGAGGGAUCAGAGUGAGUUAACAGUAAACCAGAAACCUGGAAAACACCCAAAGGAAGCACGGCUCACCAAAAGAAACGUGGGUCCGAACUCGUAUGUGGAAUUAUCUGUUGAUAGGGAUGUUCAGAAGAGCAAGGUUGUAUAUACAAAUAAAAACCCGGCGUGGGAGCAAGGCUUCACUUUCUUUGUGCACAACAUCAAAACCCAGAAGCUCGUGGUCCAGGUCAAAGAGCAUGAGAAGAAGUCUGUGCUCGGUGCUUUGGACAUACCCCUCAGCCGCCUCUUCAGCAUCUCCAACAUGACUCUGGAUGAGAACAUGAAUCUGCAGUGCUCUGGAGCAAACAGCCAGAUCAAACUGAAGGCAACUAUGAGGGUUCUUACUGUGGAACCACCGCCCCCCAAAACUGUUCCCACGACCCCAAAAACUGUUGCCACAUCUCCCCCCAAUGCUCAGAAACCACCAGUCAAACCAGCAGGUACCACCCCGGGGUCCGCCCCCUCUCCUGCUGCUGCUGCUGCUGCCGCUGUGGUUCCCACCAACGUUGCCCCCGUUGCCUCCUCUCAGUCCCGCCCGGGCGAUCCCAACGAGAAUUAUUCGGCCCAGGGGCGCCGCAGCUCCUUCCUGGUUUCUGAAUCCGAGAAGUCGGCCUCGAAUUUGAACAUGAGACGGUACGACUCCCACAGCCUGCUGUCGGAGAACUCCAUCGCGUCGUCACGGUUCGACAUCUCGGAAGGAGCUGCCUACCCGGAAGCUGUUAGAAACCACGAGGGCUCAUUUGGAGAGAUCCACCUGACUGUAAAAUACGCUACGCUGAGGAAGAAACUUAUUGUCAUUGUUCAUGCCUGCAGGAACUUAUUCCCCUGCAGCGAGAGCGGCACAGACUCCUACGUCCGCCUGUACCUCCUGCCCGAUCAGUCCUGGAGACACCGCAAGAAGACGCACGUCAAGAGGAAUACGGUCAACCCCGUCUUUCAGGACAAGUUUGAGUUUGAUACGUUGCUUGUCGAAGCGCAAACCAGGAAGCUGGACGUGUCGGUGAAAAAUAACAAGAUGUUUCACACAAGAGAGAGGAAGGACAUCGGUAUGGUGUUGUUAGAUCUCUCACAGAUCGAUAUAAUCCGAGGCAUCACAGAAUGGUUUGAGCUCACGCUGCCUGGACUGAAACGCUCCGGAUCAAAGAUGUGAGACUCCAGUUUGAAGCAGCAACAUCAAACUUUGAGUUUCAAACUCGUUAGUGAUCCUGAUCGUUAAAGACCUGAGGUGGAACACCUCGGAGCGGCUCGUUGGACCUUCAGCUCACCACAGACACCAUGUGGUGAUUUAAUAAUAAGAAUUUCUUUUUUUUUUCAUUAGAAGUGCCUUUUCUACCAAAACAUAUUCAAGCCACACCUACCGGCAUAUUUGAGAUAUGUUUUGAGUUCACCAGAGCCAAAGAUGCUAGUUGUAUUUGCAUUAAAAAAAGGUUAAGGUAAAAUAAGCUUUUUAAGUUUAAUUUAAAUACAAAAUGUGUUAAGUCAAAGCACAUUAAGGUAAAUGUUUUAAGGACAUAUCUAAAGAGGACUUUCUGGGUUUCAUGAAUCAAAAAUAUUUUAUUCACUCUUUAUAGAUUUUUAAUGUCUUUUUAAGUUUUCUUUUUGUUUUACAACGUACUUUAAAAUGUGUUUUAUAUUAAAAUGUAAAAAUAAAAAGUCUACCUUUUGACAGUUUCAGCUACACUGCUGUGCUUAUUGUUGAAGGAUUAAGUUUAAAAGGAUUAAGUUACAAACAAAAUAUGUUUCCAGGUUUGUUUUAUCUGAAGGGAUACUUAGUAAAUUUAUUUUACUAUUGAUAUUUACUGUCAGCGAUUUUUGUUGACACUAUUAUUGGACCACAGUGCUGAACAUUUUCCCAAAUGUUAUAAAACUGCCGUUUAAAAAUGUAUAUGUAUAUACAGUAUGUGUUAUUAGUAUAUACAGUGCAGUAACUUCAACUGUUUCAUGUUCAGUUGCAUGUAUAGUUUUACUCUUUUAAUGCAGUAAAUUGGAAAAUAUUUAAAGCAAACAAAAACACUUGCCAGCAGGCGGGCCAGACAGAAGUCAACCGUGGGCCACAUUCGGCCUGCAGGCCACCAGUUGCCCGUUCCUGGUGUAAAUGAGCUUUUCUGUAAAACUGUAUGCUUCAUGAAAGCUCCAGAAGAAAACUAUCAAAAACAGCUUACCUUGGUAGGCCCCCUGGCUUAUCAAUAGGGGGUCUGGGAGGUAAACUUACUGCCCCCCUCCCACCCUGACCAGUUAACCUGAUUCAAUCCUCCAGGCUGAGUAUCCGAACCAGAUAUAAACACCUGGAAAUAAAAGCUGAAAUGUUGCUUUUCUGAUUUCUAUGAUCCAUCAUGAAUAAAACGUUUUAUAAAACUCA